AUGGAGUCCCAGGGUGAUCAGCCGUCCCCGACCCCCGACUCACUCGAGGUUGAGCUAGCAAAUGGCAAGCGACGAUGGCGCCGAAACAGAGUCGCCUGCGACUCAUGCCAUACUCGCCGCGUACGAUGCGACCGUGCUUUCCCCUGCUCGAGAUGUCUGCGCGGUGACAUAAACUGCCAAUUUACCCGCGAGCGUCGGAAACGAGGACGUAUCGCGAGAUCGAAGCCGACAAAUGCAAAUACGAAUGUCGAGGAUGAGACUGUCCAGGACCCCACUGAGGGGAAGCAGGCCAACGGGGAACACAACCGGGAGUCUCAGUCGCAGUCACAGCAGGUGUUGUCGCCGAUUGACAAUAAUUCUCCUGCAUCGACCUUCCAGCAGCGAUCGCCGGCAUCAAAUGAGAUCAGCGCCGUGUCGGCGCCAAGUGUCGAGGAACCUCGGUCUGUGCUGGAUCGUCCACAACCGCAGCGGGCAGGGCCUGCCGCGAAUGUCACAGAGGAAUGGCUCUCAGCGGCACAUCUGUCGCCAGACUCGUAUGAUCUGCUUGCAGGCACUGGUGGCAGUGACGCGCCUCUGCCUCGGUUGAUGGACAUUUGGAAUCCGGUUGAGUUCGCUGCCCACCGACCGGUUCAACGUGCCCCUCCCAUACCGUCUGUGUCGGGGGCGAACAUUCCGAGACAAAGACAGCAAUCGACCUCCCGGUCGCCAUUGAAGUACCCUGUGUUGGAACCUCUCAUGCCAUUUCUCGAAUCGAACCUCCCGCGUCGACUGGUGUGCGAUCUGCUUGAACUCUACUUUACCAGUGCUUUCUCAACCCAUAUGCAUCCUGUGUGCCAUCAUAUUCAUUGCUAUGUACUGCGAAAGACUUCUUUUCUAAGUGUCGACCGCCCCAGGCCCACUAGUCCUGCCUUGCUGGCAAGUAUGCUCUGGGUGGCUGCUGUGGAUGACCGGGCCUUCUCUUUAUCCAUCUCACCAUUACAAAGGAGAAAGAUAUGCCAAUUUCUAUGUGCGCUGAUUAUUCGCUUACUGCGACCUUUGAUACAUGUCUCGUUCAAAGACCAUGAUCCAUCACCCGCUGAAAACACAACCACCCACGACUUUUCAGCCGGGGCUUACCGCCCAUUCGAAGGAGUCGGUGAUGACAAAGGGCUGGUAGGCCCUGCAGGAUCUUUAGAUGAUGUCAUUACCUAUAUCCAUGUGGCCUCGAUUAUCUCAUCUAGUGAACAAAAGGCUGCAAGUAUGAGAUGGUGGCAUGCGGCCUUUACACUAGCGCGAGAACUCAAAUUGAACCAAGAGAUGGAAAUAACACCCAAUGUCAACAGCAUGAGCGAUGGCUCAAGUCCGUCCUUCGGCUACAGUCUAGGCGGGUGGCCUGGUUCCCCAGGUGGGCUGGGUUUGGACUAUCCGAAUACCUCGCGCCCAAGUCUGAAUUGCGUAUGUGACAAGAACCAUGAUUUGCACAAUGGUCCUAUCACAGAAGAGCAUCGUGAAGAGCGGCGCAGAACCUGGUGGCUGCUAUAUAUCAUGGACCGCCAUCUCGCACUAUGCUAUAACCGUCCACUGGCCCUACUCGAUGCCGAGAGCGAGGACCUGUUGCUUCCACUGGAUGAAAGCUCCUGGCAAGCAGGAAUAAUUCACAGCAAUAGUCCUCGUCCAGAUGGGCCUCAAUGCCCCCGCUCGGGCGACCAAAACAAACGUCGCAUUUUCCCUAACUUCAUUUGCCACGACCACUCUAUUCUUGGCUUUUUUCUCCCACUCAUGACGAUCACUGGCGAACUCAUCGAUCUAAACCAGGCGCGAAACCACCCUACUCUUGGCGUUAGGCUUCAAGGAAAGGAGGCGUGGGAGGUUCACGUGUCAGAAGUGCUGCGCCAACUUGAGAUCUACAAAGCUAGUCUGACAACCUUUGCCGCGGCGACGGCAGCAGACCCAGCGGCCUCAUCAACGACUGCCUACACCCACAAACCAGAACCUGUUGAUCCACAAUUGUCUCAGGCCUAUUCUUGGCAUACCCAAACCGUGAUUGCCUAUUCCUCCUACCUAACCCACGUCCUCCAUAUCCUGCUCGUCGGAAAGUGGGACCCUGUCUCACUAAUCGAAGACAAAGAUUUCUGGACAUCUUCCCCGGCCUUUGCAUCGACCAUCUCACACGCACUGGAAGCCGCCGAUUCCGUGCAACAAAUCCUCCGUUUCGAUCCCGACGUUAGUUUCAUGCCAUACUUCUUCGGAAUCCAGCUGCUACAAGGCAGUUUCCUCCUCCUACUUAUCGUAGAGCGCCUACAAAAGGAAGCAGGCGAGGGUAUACUCAAUGCCUGCGAGACCAUGAUCCGAGCGACAGAAUCGUGCGUGGUCACCCUCAACACGGAGUACCAGCGCAGCUUCCGGCAAGUUAUGCGCUCAGCGGUCGCGCAGGCUCGCGGUCGCCCGGUUAACCCGAGUGAAAUUCGGCAUCGCCGAAAAGCGGUUCUCGCGCUUUACCGCUGGACGCGGAAGGGGACUGGCCUGGCCCUGUAA